GUGACGUACAUUUUAAGAUAGGGGGCACAAGUAAACUGUGUAAAAUGUAGACGGUGGAAAAAUAAAAGUAGAGCAGUACGAGUGGCUGUUCUGGGCGGCUCCAUUCCGCCUCCAGGACUCCGAGAAAGCCGAGAGCUCACAGCGAAGUAACGCAACACAAACAUGGCGCCCACUCGCAACGCUACACACCGCUGAGAGUAACGACAGCACGGCGGGGAAAGUUUCCACACAGAAGCGUCUCGCUUUCGUCUUGGACGUCCAGUGGACAUUUGUGUGCGACUCUGAAGACGGUGUGAGGAGGAGCUGAGAGCUGUGAGUGGUCUACAUGUCGGCGCUCUUUCCCAUAGUCGUGUAAACAGCUGGCACGUCCAGCCAUGAUUGAAGACAAGGGUCAUCGCGUGACGGACUACUUCGUGGUGGCCGGACUGACAGACAAGUCCACACCACUGGAGCACGAUCUGUCCGAGACCAAAUCGAGUGGUCCUAAAGCACCCAUCAUUGACCUGGCAGUGAUCAACAAGUCAGCAGGUGAAACGGUGCCAGAGGGUUUUACAUGCAUAGAGAGCACACACAGCGGCCAACCGGCUAACCUAAACCACGGCAGCCUGAAGAGCCCUGAGCUCUUCCUGUGUUACAAGAGAGGCUAUGGAAAACCUCCCAUAAGCGACGUUGGAGUGAUGUAUGAAGGGAAGGACAGGCUGAUCCCGGGCUGCGAGGUGAUUCAGGCCACACCAUACGGCCGUUGCGCUAACGUCAACAAUAGCUCAGCUACAUCACAGCGCAUCUUCAUCACAUUACGUCGCGCACCACCCGCCCAGCCCCGCAACUCUCUGGCCGUUACCGACAUCUGUGUGAUAAUCAUGAGCAAAGGCGAGACUCCUCCACACACCUUCCUGAAGGUGGACAAGAACCUCAACUGUGGCAUGUGGGGGUCCAAUGUGUACUUGUGCUAUAAAAAGUCAGUCUCCUCUUCCAACUCUAUUGCCUAUAAAGCAGAUCUGAUAUUUCGCUACCCAGAGGAUGAUUAUGAAUCCUUCCCCCUUUCUGAGUCAGUGCCUCUGUUCUGCCUUCCUAUGGGAGCCAAGCUCGAGUGCUGGGCUCCCAACACAUGCUACCCCUCACCUGUCUUCUCUACAUUUGUCCUAACCAACUCCUCUGGGGAAAAGGUCUAUGGUGCAGCCAUCCAGUUCUACGAGCUCUACCCAGCAGAUAACCUGACUGAGAAGCAGAAGAUCCAGCUUGGACUCCUUACAACUGUGGACAAGAAGCCCAUUCCCAAUCGCACAGUCAACACCAACAAGUGCAUCUGUCUGUUGUCUCGCUGGCCCUUCUUCAGAGCUUUUAAGGACUUCCUCCAUUUCCUCUACAGGCUCUCAGCUGAUAAUGUCAACCCUCUACCUAUUGAGAAACACAUCUCCCAUUUCAUGCACAAUGUGCCCUUUCCCUCCCCCCAGAGACCCAGAAUACUGGUUCAGCUCUCGGCAAAAGAAAGCUUAAUGCUGUCUCAGCCUGUAUGUACACCUUUACCACUAAGUGGUGCAGACUAUAGCACUCUGCUACCUAACCUGGGCCCAGAAAACUGUGCCACGUUGCUGCAUUUUGUCCUGCUGGAGAGCAAGAUACUGCUGCACUCCCUCAGACCGGCUGUGUUGACUGGUGUAGCUGAGGCUGUGGUGGCGAUGAUCUUUCCUUUCCAGUGGCAGUGUCCCUACAUCCCUCUGUGUCCUCUGUCUCUGGCUGGGGUUCUGAAUGCGCCCUGUCCUUUCAUUGUUGGAGUGGACUCCAGAUACUUUGACCUCUAUGAUCCCCCACCAGAUGUGGUUUGUGUGGACCUGGACACCAACACUAUCUACCUGUCUGAUGAGAAGAGGAACUCCAGCUGGAAGAAUCUCCCAAAGAAGCCUUGCAAGAGCCUGAUUAACUCGCUGUUUAACCUGCACCACCAGCUUAAUAUUGUGAGGCGGACAACUCCAGAAGGCUCGGCGGCAGAUAUGACCCCGAUGGAGGCUGACUUCACAUGGCAUAAAAAGAUGACCGCUCUCGAGAUGGAGAUUCAAGAAGCCUUCCUGCGUUUCAUGGCCUCAAUAUUAAAGGGCUAUCGAUACUACCUCAAACCCAUCACCGAGGCGCCCUCUGAGAAGGCCACUGCUGCUGACUCCCUCUACGAUCUGCAGGGGUUUUUAAAGAGUCGAGAUCGUGCUCACCAGAAAUUCUACUCCCAGCUCACCAAGACUCAGUUAUUUAUUCGCUUCAUAGAGGAAUGCACCUUUGUCAGCGACAAAGACACUGGCUUAGCCUUUUUUGACUACUGCAUUGAAAAGCUUUUCCCGUCUGAUAAAGGAACAGACAAGGGCACAAAGGUUGAAGGAGAGCUAUCAGAAGACACCAGGCUGGUAGAGCUGGAUGAGUCUCAGAAGAGCGAGCACACUGUCUUUAUCUUGCCCCCAGAGCCCCCUGCCAAUGAUGGCCCAGAUCCUCCUCCAAAAUACAUCUACAAGAGCUUCCCUCGCUUGCGGCUGGAGUUAUUUGAUUGUCCAUUAGAGCUGAAGCCAGCACUCAGCACCAGAGCCGCAGGUUCCAGUGUGUCCAGCAGCCCCGCACUCCUUGCUAAAAGAACUAAGCAGGAAGUCAAGUUGGCCUACAAGAUGGCAAAGCGCUUCUAUUCAAACCCUCAGCUGUGGGCUAAGUGUCUAUUCAGCCACUGCUAUAGCCUGUGGUUUAUCUGCCUGCCAGCAGGCAUGCGUUUGGCUCAAUCCAAACCCCGUGCCAUGCAGCAAGCACUCGAUGUUCUGCUCAAGAUGAGGAGCUCUGAGGUGGAGGUGCUGGAUGAGGUGUGUUAUCGUGUGGUAAUGCAGCUGUGCGGGCUGUGGGGAAUGCCUGUCAUGGCCGUGCUUGUCCUAAUGGAGAUGAAGAAGGCUGGCGUUGAGGCCAAUGCUAUCACUUAUGGAUACUACAACAAGGCUGUUUUGGAGAGCCCUUGGCCUAGUCGAAACCGCAGCGGCCGCUUCAUGUGGACUAAACUAAGGAACGUGGUGCGAGGGGUGGCCCAGUUUAAACAGGCUGUGCGGGGAGAAGUUCAGUCAAAAAGAGCUCCUCCUAUUACAGCAGUGGUGUCUCUGGACGCAAUAGCAGAUGGUGAUGGGGACAGACUCAGCCACUGCAGUGCCGACAGCUCCAGUGAAGCUAACGGAGAAGAACACACCCUGUUCUCACGCGGACUGAUUGUAGGAGACAAAAAAGGAUGUCAGUUGAGUACAGGUGGGCAGUCUGACCAAGGUUAUGGCUCGAAGGAUGAGCUCCAUCAGGACUCUAUAGAUGCUUUUAAAACUAUAGCCUUUCCACUCUCUGAUGAGCAAUCCAACAAGAGCAAAACAGAGAAGAGUCAACAGAAUGUUGAGAACAUUGCUGGCUCUGUGGAUAGUGCAUUGGCUGUGUCAGAGCCCCCCAGUCCUGCUGAAUCUACCCACCCUCCUGCCAGCAUCGUCAAACAGCUCAGCGUAAGCUUUGACAAAACCAUAGGGAGACAAGAUUCAGGUGGGAAACUCUUCACUGCUCACAGUAAGACUGAGGACAUUGUCCUACCAGAGGAUGAAGGCACUACAAACCCAGAUUCGACACAAAGCAGCCAACAGCAGAGGGCCAAAGCUUUCGCAGAGCGCAGCUGCAGUUUCAGUGCGGAGAGUCGAGCGGGCAUGUUGCUGAAGAAGAACAGUCUGGAGUUGAGUGUGGACCACAUGGGCGCAGACGCAAAAAUCCUCGCUGCUGCUUUUUCCGGUGGCAAGACUCCUCCUCCUUCUACAGCCUCAGCCUCUGUCUUUAGUGACCUAGGUGUGGCACCUAUUGAAAACUCUGGCCUUGAGGAGGAGGUUAAUGAGAAGAUGGAGUUAAUCAGUUUCGAAGAGAAAACGGAUGAAGACAAGGGCAAAACGGAAAAGACAGCCGAGGAAGUAAUGCCUAAGGGGAGCUCCGAAGAACUGGAGAGAAGCGUGAGCAGCUCAUCAGCCUCCUCUAAGGCAGCGGAGAGAGAUGUGGUAGAAAUAGGCGCGGAUCCUCUUUCCUUGCUGGCCUCUGAAAGCGAAGAAGCAGCGUCCAUUCAGAGUCAAGAAUCUGCACGCCUCGUCCCAGCAGUGGUCUCACGAAACCUUGCUGACGAGAUCGAGAUGUACAUGAACCUGAAGAGCCCAUUAGGAGCCAAGGCCUCCAGCAUGGAACUGCACCAGGAGGCCGAGCCUAAAGGUGAUCACGUGGAGACUCCUGCCUGUAAGCAGUCUUUUGGACGAAGGUCUAGCCUCCCUGCAGGCCCAGUGAAGACCCCUGAUUCACUGGAAACCUCUAAACGCAGCCCUGCUGUCACACGCUCUAAGACUUUUGCAAUUAAGUCCCUGAAGACCCCUAGUGGUGAUGGUCAAAGGUCAUCGUCUCUGUCUGCACUAGUGAGGUCUUCACAGAGCGGCUCAUUAGGCUCGGUCAUCAACUCCAUCUCGGGUAUCAAGAUGGAUGCCUUGCUUUCAGGACCUAAAGUGGACAUGCUGAAGUCAGGCAUGAAGCAAGCGGCUAACGUAGCCAGUAAAGUUUGGGGGGCUGUGGCCUCUGCCUACUAUUCAGACGACGAGGAGGAGGAGAGCCAACCUGGGGACAGCUUCCCUGCUCGACUGGAGGAGCAGCUGAUGUGUGGAAACGGGACAGACAGCACUAUGCCCAGAGGACUGAUGCCCAGCCUGGCCGCCAAUGGCCUCACACACAGCACCACCAGCCUGGGCAGCAGCAGCGGGAGCAGUGAUACCGGCCGGGCACAGCACACUGCAUCCAUGACUCCUGGCAGGUCCAUGAAGGGAGACUCCGAGAGAUCUGAGCAGGGCUCCUCUCAUCAUGCCAGCACUUCCAGCAUCUAUCAGAACUGUGCUUUAGAGGUGCUAAUGUCGAGCUGCUCUCAGUGUCGCUCCUGUGAGGUGCUGGUGUACGAUGAGGAGAUCAUGGCAGGUUGGACAGCGGACGACUCCAACUUGAACACGACAUGUCCUUUCUGCCACAGCUCCUUCCUGCCUCUGCUGCAUGUGGAGUUCCACGACCUGCGCCCUCCGUCUGGGUUCUAUGUGACAAGCACCUCAGGAGACAGUAUCCACAGUGGCAGCACACAGCCUACAGCCUCCAGCUCAGAGAUAAAGGUGGGCAGUCCCAGUGACCCCGCUGAUCUCAUCAACUUCUCAGAAUCUCCUGACAGCAAAAAGGAGACUGAAGGGACACUGACCUUCCAGACUGGCACACAGAAAGCUCUGGUGCCAGAGCCAGUGAUUUCAGACCCUCUGGGCCUGUUGGAGAGGCAGGCAGAGAAGCGCAGCACAUCUCUGACUCGCAGUAACAGUGUGGGUGGGCCUCUUCAGAACCUGGACUCCAUCCAGCGGCCCAGUCAUGGAGUGUCCACCACUAGCCUGCCCAAUAGCCUGCAGGAAGUGGUGGAUACAUUGGGUCAGAAGCGUCCCAACCCAAAGCCAGUCUCGGUGCCGUACCUGAGCCCUCUGGUGUUAAGGAAAGAACUGGAGUCCUUACUAGAAAAUGAGGGAGAUCAGGUUAUCUACACUCAAAAGUUCCUCAGCCAGCACCCUAUCAUCUUCUGGAACCUGGUGUGGUAUUUUCGCCGGCUGGACCUGCCCAGUAUUCUGCCUGGACUCAUACUGACCUCCGAACACUGCAACAAUGGAGUACAGCUGCCUCAGACAUCCCUGCCUCAAGAUAGUAAGCAAGUAUAUGUGCAGUUGUUGUGGGACAACGUGAACCUCCACCAGGAGCCCACUGAACCUCUCUACCAGCUCUGGAGGACCUUCUUGAAGAAGAAGGGCUUUUUGGCUCCCACUGACCACCAGGAGAUACGGAACCUCCUCAACAGCAUUGUUAGGAACAUCCAGACCAACGAUGUCUAUGCCCCCAUUAACCUGCUCCUUAGAGAGAUCAAGCGACACCCGGAGGUCAAACGGCAGAGGAGUAUAUACAGACAGAUUUUGUUCCUUUCGCUUGUAGCCUUGGGAAGGGAGAACAUUGAUGUUGAGGCCUAUGACCGAGAGUAUCAACUAGCCUUUGAAAAGCUGAGCCCAGAGCAGCUGAAAGUGCUCUCUCCUAUUGACCGGCCACCCUCCAACAGCGUCCAGUGGUGCCUCAAGUGCUUUGGAGCUCCGUUCAUCUGACCUGGCUAUAAAGGGAAAUCUCAUUUCCCACCAGGUGGCAAGAGCUCAGACUUUUGGGACGUGUAGAAGUGCACUCAGUCGUCGUAUUGAGGAACUUACUGACCGGCUCACAGUCCUCUUGCUUGCACCUUUACCCAAACAGUGGUACUUUAUCAUCCUCCAGAUAUCAGGGCCAGGAUCAAAGCUGGCUUAUUACAGUGUUUGGCAACACCAGUAUGUUGCAUAUGGAUAUUUAUUGGUGUAAAUCUUCGCCUGAUUACUAGCACGUUUAUUUCCUUGGACCGGUGGGAGUAAAGAGGAUGGAAAAGUGCUCGACCCCAUAUCACUGCCUUGCGUCCCAAAAGUAUCCAUCCAAACCUACCUGUGGAAGGAGUCAAGUGGAAGUGAAGAUAUGUUCUCUCGAGACCAAUGGCAAUGGUCUUGGAUAAUGUGCACUUUCAAGUUUGAUGAUUUUUUUUUUUCUUUUUUUUCCUAUUUCCAUUGUUUGUAUAUAUUUUUUUCUAUUACGGGAUAUUCAAACUAGACUGCCUUUUACAAAGGGAUCUUUACCUAUUACUAUGGAGUCAGUCUUAAAUGCCAAGCCGAUGUGGGUCUUGAGUGGUGCAGUGGAAGGAUUAAAGUGUGUGUAUGUGCGUGUGCGUACAUAACUGUGUGUGUGCAGUUGUAUAAAUUGGCUCAUCACUCGUUAGAAAGACUGUGGCAGCAGACAAUCAGAUUUUGUCAUGAACAAGGUAGAAUUGUAAUCAGAGAUCAGGUUCUGUAAUAGACAGUAAAGUACUUUUACUGGAAGUUAGCUUUUAUGCACCUUUGGACCUUAUGUGUAAAUGUAAAGAUACUUCUGUUGUAGAGGAAAAUAAUUAAUGCCUUGGGAGUAUAACUACUGAAAACAAAGAAUUAUCCUUCAUUUAUUCAGACAUUGUCUUGAAUAAAGUCAUGAUAUUUUGAAAAAAAAAAUUCAUAAUCCCUUUAAAUGUACAAAUGCUAGAACAGUCCAUUUGAACUAUAGUAUGAAUGUACAGUAUAUCUCAAAUCAAUAUUUUUUGUUUUUUUUUUAUUAACAUUUUAUUCUAUUGCUCAAUACAAAUGCAUUUUCAUUUUCAGUAGAGUCUGAAGUCUUAAUCUUCACUUUGCUUACAGCACUCGGUCUGAGUGAAAUCAGUAGGCAACCAUAAUUAGUCCUCUAAAGACAGAUGAUCAGCAAAUCUCAGUAGUUCUAGUGCCUUUUUAUUUAGGGAAGGUAGGUUUUACUACUAAUAAAUUAACAGAGUGCAGUCAGUCUGCCUUAAUUUAUUUAAACUUAUCUUUUCAUAUCCUUUUAUCAUGUAAUUAUUUGAAAAGCUCAUGCAAAGACAAACAUUGUCCCAUGUUUUUUAACCUUGUAUAAUUAUAAUCCAGGGUUGCUUGAAAAUAUAACAUCGAGCCACGCAGUGAUGCAUAUGUAUAAAGAGGAAUUGUUAGUAAUCCUAUAACCACUGUUCCUAGCAACAAAAAUUUGAGUAUAACAUGUAAAUGAGUAAUAUUUUUCCCAUGAGAAAUUAAUAUUUUGGUAGUUGGGGGUUUGUAGUAUUCAAAUGUAAGCUUGAGAACAAUCAUUUUAAGGCUCACUUGUUGCAAGAAUGUAAGAAUGAAAAGGCAGUAUGUGUGAACCGCUUUGAUUGAAAUGUAUUGAAUGUAUUCCUGAAAGCAUAUGGGACAGUGAAGUGAGGACAUGGUUUCUGUUCUACUGUUUACACAUUUGUAACAUUGUAAGCAAACUGAUAAUAGAUUAAUCCCAGUGUUGAUGUGAAAUAUGAAAUGUGACUCAUUUUACUCACUGUAGUCAUAGCUUAUCUGAGAUCCAACACUGUAAUACUGCAUCCUUAAUAAACGGCCAUAGGUGUCAGUAAAACUGAUCCCGGAUCAGCAUACAUCAAACCAACUACAUAAGGAUUCAAGUCAGUAACUUCAUGUUAUGAUUACAUAAUCUACCCCAUCUUCAAUCCACAAUAUAACAUUCCAACUUUAAAGAUUUCCCCAUCUGGGGUUCAUUGUAAUGCGUCACAGUGUAUACUAUUUGCUAAUGAUUGAAGCACCAACCAACAUAUUUAUGGACAGACUUCAUUUAUUGCAGUUAAUAUUUGAACUCCUCGCUGUUCCUACUUGUUCAACCUUAUCUGGUUAUGUACACACAUUGCAAAACUGAUACUCUUCUGUCAAUAGUAUCUUGGUGGUGCUGUAUUAAAGAAACACAUAAGGAUCAUUUCUGCAUCAAAAAGUCUAGUGGGUGAAUAUUCAUACAACGAUUACCAUAUGAUCCUAAAAAAAAAUCAAGGAUCUGCUACAUGAUGCACAGGUAGUAUGUCUGGUGCGUAGGUCUGUCCUGUCCAGACAGUGACUUAUCUAGUCUGUAGUGUCCUGUGAAAUGGAUAUGAGUUUGUACAGCGUUGUUGUUCUCCAAUAAACAUGCUUUGUCCUAAA